GCGUCCCCGCCCCCCGCCGCUGCGGUUUCGUAAGAAGUUGUGUAAGUGUCGGUUAUUUACUUAUGUCCUACUCAGUGAGUUCCGCUACUACAACGGGACACAGCAUCCAAACGAGAGGAACAGUCAGCGUUGUCAACAGUCAACACAACUCAGAAGUGCGACAGCAUGAAUCCCAACGGCAGGAAAACGGCAGCUGAAAGUCAAAUCAUAUCAGCGGAGAUCGUUUCAGGGCUUUUGCUGACCAUUUUAUACCGCAUCAUUUCCAAGAAUCUUUUUCCACUGCUGGGGCAGAUUCGAAUGGAUGGAGAGCCCUUUGAAAUGACGCGCUCCCUCGUGUGCGUGUGGCUCGCCAGCAACGUGAAAUUUCUCCUCUUCAAAAGCAACAAGGCAGUGUCGCUGACCGAGCACUCAACCUCCAGACUCGUAGCAUCCCUUGCGCUUCUCUUCGGCACCUGCUGGGGUGGUGGAGCCAGCGGAACGUCCUUAAACCAGGUCCCUGUGCUGGACCUGGUGGUUUUCUCCAGCUUUGUGCUGAGCAGCUUCGUCCUGAUGGCGCUGGACCACAGGCGGCAGGCGUGGGCAGUGCACCUGGACACACGCGGCAUCUUCAGCGAUGCCCAGCGCUUCUUCCUCCACAUGGACUUCUGCGCCACCCUCCUCUUCGGCCUGCUCUGGCUGGUCUUCCCUGAUUGGCUACUUGGGAGCCAGUAUGUGAGAGUGUGUGGAGAGGAUGACCUCCCCCUGCCUCUGCACCUGACCCGAGCCUUCGGUGCCAUGAUGGUAGGGGACAGCUUCGUCGCGCUGACCUCCUCCAACCCACACCUGGGCAAGGACAGGACAUCGCUCUUCAGUAGUCGAGCUGUGGCUACCCUGGUGCUGCUGACGUACCUUCUCCACUCCCACUUGGUGCUGGCCUCCUGGACGUCCGGCCGGGUCUGGGUGGGGGUGCUGGGCGCUGGGCUGUGGGCAGGGAACUCUGUCCUGGGGUACCUCUCCUCCAGAAGAGCCUCUCCGCACCUGCACCAGCGCUCCGCCCAAAGAGCCUAGGAACCCGCGUGUGUGCGUGCGUGUGUGCGUGCGUGUGUGUGUGUGUGUGUGUGCGUGUGUGUGUGCACGUGUGUGUGCGCGUCUUAAAUGGUCAGCUUUGGGCAUUAUGACUUCUAUGAUAGUCAUGGUACAGCACCAAGUAUCUAUAUCAAUCACAGGAUUGGUCAUCUGAGCCGUUGGGAUGGAGCGAUCUGAUUGGUCUUUACUGGCUGUCAGUCGUGGCGCUGUGGAACCCCAGAUGAAGCUCAGAGGACCCGCUCUUGGGUCGUGCCAGUGUUGCAGAAGUAUAUCAAAAUAUUGUUAUUAUUUAUAUUUUUGUUGUAAUAUCUACUGCUAUUAUAAUUAUGCUUAAUGUAGGUUUUUGUUUAAAACUAUAAUUUUGAUUGCUUUGGAUAAAAAGCAUCUGUCAAAUUACAUAAAUAAACAUGUAAACAUAAACAUCAACAAAUAAAUACAUAAACAUAUUGUAGCACAGGUCAGGAUCAUGUGUGUGUGUGUGUUCAGUAUCGUGUGUGUGUGUGUGUGUUCAGGAUCAUGUGUGUGUGUGUUCAGUCAGGGCCAUGUCAUGUAUAAAGCAGGGGAUGCUCACAUCUCAUAUGUCUGCCACAUCACUAGAGUAGCAUGGGCCGCCCCUGUCUCGUGUAAAAUAAGUGUGCCUAAAGACGAUUGUUUACAGCCAUUCAUUUAUAAUUGUAAAUGUGUUCAAAGCUUGUGUUUAUAUUUAAUAUAUUGUAUUAUGGGAUGAAGAAACCAUGCCUGAAAUGCUAUUUAUAUGUAAUAUCUUGUAUUAUGGGAUGGCGAAACCAUGCCUGAAAUGCUAUUUCAGUUGAAAGUAAUAAAGUAUUCAAAUAUU